GUGAUACUCUGGAUACAGCAACAAUCACAACAGUGUUCCGUUGGUUUACAAAGUAGAAUAAGUGCAAAUUGGUUUCUGAUAGAAGCAUUCUUUGGAUAAAGUGAAAACAAAACUCCCGCAAAGAUCCUCCAUCGAGGCCCUGAUAUUCGUAUAGCUUGGCGUAUUCGCGGCAGUCAAAAUGGGGACGGGGGUCAGCUCCUACACUCCCCCACCUACGCCUCUAAGGACCUCUUUCCGGCAGGGACGCGCCACAGAUGACGAGGUGGACCUCAUUUUCGAAGGUACAAAUGUGACGCGCACGGACAACCACGUUGGUCCGGUGAUCAUCAAGAACUGCAUGGAGGAGUACCAGCACGUGCCAGACUUCAACGAGCCGCUCGUGUAUGGUAGCGUUGGUGACAAACAACCCAAACAUCUCCUCAUACAGGGGGAGUAUGUGUUGGUGCGGGACCACUGCCUACCGGAAGGGGAGUCAUCGCGGCAGCUGUCGCUCAUGCAGGCCAAGAGCUGGGCGCCCGUCUACUGGAGCGGCCAGCCGACCGCCCGAGAGUUAGCCUCCAUUAUCAAGGCGUUAGAAAACGAGUCAUAUCCGGAAAUUUUAAUGUUCAACAUGCGAGAAGAGCCCGUGUUGUUUGUAAACAUAGCAGACGACUUUAUCCCGUACACGAUCAAGUCCCGCAAGAACCUGCGAGACUGUGUUGUCACGGGAAAACUCGUCAAGGAGGCAGACCUGUACGAAGCAAGCAUUCGGAAAAGGGUUAUCGACAUGGCGAUAAGGAACGAUGAUAAUUCAUUUUCCUUCUACAACGACAUUGAGGGUAUGGUCGGAGAGCCGCACGUGUAUCCUGUUCAAUUCGAGGACAACUUGCUUGUGGCAGAGGAAGUGUACUCCAGACUCGCAUUCUCCAACCCCAAACUUAGAUACCGCCGCCUGUGUUUUCCGCUGCACUCCGCACCUUCAGACCUGGAGGUGGACCACUUCAUAUCUAUAGCACAGGAUUCCCCACUGAUGUCAGCAGAUGGGAGCCAGCCGGCCAUGUUGUUUAUAUGCCAGACCGGAAGUGGGCGGUCCAACGUGGGCGCAGUAAUGGGUUAUCUCCUGCUCACUCACAAAGAAUGUGACGCCAAGCAAAGACGCCCGAGUUCGGCAGCGUGUCGUCUCAACCGGAUGGACAGCGAACAGCUACAGGAGCAGGGCUUCUUCUGCGCCAUUAACCGCCUCGUGGCCGCCCUCAGCGAGGGACUUAACGCUAAACACCAGGUUGACAUGGCGAUAGACAACUGCUGUACGACCCACAACCUGCGCACAGAAAUCUACAAUGCAAAGAAAACACUCCGCGAUAUGCAAGCCGACCACGCCACAAGGCCAGCUGACAUUGCGAGUCAGUAUGGGCGGUGCAGGGACUACCUGGCUCGCUACUUCUUUCUCAUCUGCUUCUACUCGUACGUCUCAGAUGAGUACGAGAACCAGUUCAAGGUUGGCUUCACAAAGUGGAUGAAUCGGCACCCGGAGCUGAACCACAUCCGCUGUACUAUGUGUCUGCCCGUCUACAACACAUCCAUAUCCCUGCUCAAACAAGCCAAACACUGUCUGGUGUCGGACAACUAUGUUGGGCUUGACCUGCUGGGAUCCCAGCUUGAUGUCCGCGUCGCCAACUUUCGUAAGAUCAACAUCAAGGCAAUCCCCGUGUACGGCAUGGCUCAACCUACCAGCGAUGGUUUGUCCAAAGUUGUCAACCAUUUGCUUAACCUGAAAGUACGUCACACUCACGUGGUUGUUGUUAACCUUCGAAAUGACGUCAUGGUAGAACUUGAUGACGCCACAUACAGUGUAAGAGAUUCUGGGAAGGUGGACGAACCCAUUAUAUUUCCCGGGUAUAGCAAAACAGAUUUAGAGGAUAAAGAAGAAGAAUUAAAAAGAACGAUUCGAAAGCACAAAACAUUCCAAUUGUACAACGAGUUGUCAGACCCGCCCCUACAGCGGGAGGUGUACAGCGCCUACACGAUCCUGGAUCUGGCGGAAAAUCAGCGACUCCAGACGCUUGACAUGACCUACCAGCGCGUGCCUCUUUUGUGCGAGGAGUCACCUACAGAAACGGACAUCGACUGCCUGAUGUCCGUGGUGUGUAGUCACUGCCGCCUGGAGAAGCUGCAAAACCACACGGAUACGGCGUUCGUCUUCUUCUGCCGCACCGGAAAGAGCCGCUCAACGUUCGCAAUGGCCGUCGCCGGCCUAAUCAUGUGUCACAUGAAGGGUUUUCCAAAAGGGUCCCUCAAGGGAGAACAAGAAAGAAUAAGCUUACCAAAUGCUCAAUACACAAAAGGAGAAUUUAUAAUCGUGCAGAAGCUUGUGCGGAUGCUGCCUAACGGUCACCAGGUGAAGCGAGAAGUGGACUUCAUCCUCGAUGAGAUCUUCAACACAAUGACGCCGACCAUGUUUCACAUGCGAGAAAUCAUAUUCGUCACCUAUAAUAAGUCGCGGAAGGUUGGCAGGGAUGCAGAGUUACGUGAGACCCUGCUGUGUCAGUCGAUCCUAUACUUGGAGCGGUACGUCCAUCUGAUACUGUUUAACGCGUACCUGUACCACGAUCGCCAGGCGGGAUGGAAGAGGCCGUUCUCCACAUGGAUGAAAGAGGUGGGGGCCAGAGCAGGAGUGUAUGACGUGUUGGACAAUCUUGGAUUUUACGACUUCGAUGUGACGUUGACAGCCUACCGUAAGAUGUCGGUCCGCUGGCGAUACCCUGUGCCAAACGUGACAUGGCAGGGAGAGUUCCGCUAAUCGACCCGGUGUUUUCCCAGAUAUACGAGUGUAUGUCCGAUCGUCUGACGUAAUGUUUUCAACAUCAAAGGAGCAAAAGAGUUCCACGCGAGAACAGUCAUUUGUUUAUUCUGAAACAUUAAAUCGCAUAUGUAUAUUAUGUUUACCAUCAAAUCGUGUCUUGCUAUUUCCAGAACUAAUAUUGAUUUCUAAUUUGCCAUUUUGACAAAUGAAAGGACAUACUGGAGUGGCAUAUCGUCACGUUUGUUUCUAAGAAAUUUGUAUUUUCUUUUUGAAAGUUAUAAUUAUGUCUUAUUUUGUAUUUUGUUCAGAGUUUCGGAUGUAUUGU